UGGCAGCUAAAGUUUUGAUUCCUGAGGAUGAUCUCUGUUGUUCUGUAUGUUGUGAUAUUUUUAAAGAGCCUGUUGUCCUGAAAUGCAUGCACAGCUUCUGUAGAGUGUGUGUGCGGCAGUACUGGGAACAGAAGAGCUCUCGAGAGUGUCCCAUCUCCAGGAGAAAGUCCUCUGUGGAAGUGCCUCCCGUAAACCUGGCCUUAAGAAGCAUUGUGGAGUCGUUCUCAAAGCAGAAGAGUGAGAGUGAAAUGGCCGACAAGAGUGACACUCACUGUAGUCUUCAUGGGGAGAAACCUCUCUUCUUCUGUGAACACGACAAAGAGCCUCUGUGUGUCGUCUGUCAGACUUCAAAAAGACACAGAAAUCACACAGUCAGUCCAGUGGAAGAAGCCGUACUGGAUCUGAAGGAGGAAAUCAAGCCUGAACUUAAUCUUAUUAAAGAAAAACUGAAGAGCUUUACUGAGGCUGAACAAGAAUGCAUGAAAACAGCAGAACAUAUCCGGAACUACAAGAACAUCAAGGAAAGAGCCCAGUGCACACUGCAGGACCCAGAGCUGCUCUCAGGGGCACUGAUAGAUGAGGCCAAACACCUGGGCAACCUGAAGUUCAGAGUCUGGGAGAAGAUGCUGGGGAUGGUGCAGUACACUCCUGUGAUGCUGGACCCCAACACUGCAGCCCCCUGGCUCUCUCUCUCUGAUGAUCUGACCACUGUGAGAAACAUCUACCAGAAAUGUCCUGACAACCCAGAGAGGUUUAGCAAUCAUGUGAUGGUGCUGGGAUCUGAGGGGUUUACCUCAGGGAAACACAGCUGGGAGGUUGAUGUUGGGAACAAACAUGCCUGGGAUAUAGGAGUGGUGAAAGAGUCCAUCAACAGAAAGGGAGAUAUAGAAUACAGCCCAGAGAGUGGAUUCUGGGUCUUAUCGCUGAGGAAUGGUGAUGAUUACACUGCAUCUGGAGCUUCUCACCACACACUGAAGAGGAAACCCCAGAGCAUCAGAGUGGAGCUGGACUAUGACAGGGGGGAGGUGUUCUUCUUCGACUCCAGUGACAUGUCACUCAUCUACACUUUCACAGACACAUUUACUGAGAGAGUGUUCCCAUACUUCGGUCCCUGUUUGAGAGAAGAUAGUACGGAGGGACCCCUGCAAAUAUGCCCAGUGAAAGUUUCCAUAACAGUUACAUCAUCCCGAUGAACAUGUUUGUUAAAAAAGAACAAACAAGAGAUGUUGUAUUUCUAUGUAAUUUUGGUUGUUUGUAAUGGUCCUCAGCAUGCCUGGUUGUUAACCUGAACUGGGGUAGACUUGCUGGAGAUGUGAAUUGAGGGGGGCAGCUGAUGAUCUACCAGAACCAAAUGGGAGGCAGACACACACACAUACGCACACACACACACACACACACACACACACACACACACACAAACACACACACACACACACACACAAACGUAACAUUGACCAUUUUCUCAGUAUAAUCUGCCUCAGUGUGUAUGAAUGUUGAUUUGGGAUUGAUCUGCUGAAGAUGUGGAAGGACAAAGGGGGAUGUUUUAAUUGUCUGUCAGAAGGGAGCAGACAUGCAUACAGUGACCAUUUGGUUACCUGCCGCCAUCUUGGUUCAUUUUGUUCUGUGAAAGCAGUAUAAAGCUGGUGCUUGAACAAUGUUGUAUUAUAAAUUAUCUGCCUACUUUUAUCCAGUUUCAUGCUGUAAUGGAGACUAUAUUUCCUUUCUAAUACAAAAUGUUAGUGAUGUAAACUUGAGAAAUACAAAUUUCAGUAGGACCAAAUGUAUUUAUUUCCACUGAAAUAGUACUUAUUAUUCAUUAAUCCAAUUAAUAAUUACAAUUCAUUCAUUUUCUUUUUUUCUUGUUCAUUAUUUUGUUGUGAGUUAAUGAAGGGUACAUGCAUUUUUCAUUAUGUACAUACAGGCAGUAUCUACUGUGUCAUUUUCCAUUAAUUUCAUGUUUUUACAUAAUCCUGUUGCACUCUUGUGAUUAUAUCAAAUGCGUUUUUACCUGAUCAGUGUCAUUUGCGCCUUGCUGGUUUCAUAAGGCAGUGCACAAGUGUGAAAUGUGUGAGUAUCAUGAGCACAUGUUAGCAGGGGCUUCGGGUGCCCACCCUGGAGAGAUCUGCUAGUGGGCAGAAGUCUCCUGAGAAUCAGUUAUCUGCACCACAGGCAGAAGUCUCCUGAGAAUCAGUUAUCCGCACCACAGGCAGAAGAGAAGUUUAGAAAUGCGCAUUACCCUGUCACGAAUUGUCAGACAACCACAAAUUACGUAAACAAAUAGUGCUUUCUCUGAUUGUGUCUCUCCUAGCAUCUCUAUCUGUCCAAUCCAGGGAGUUUUUCCUUGCCUCCAUUGCUUGCUCUUGUGUGGGUUCAGGCCUGGGUUUUCUGUGAAGUGUACUGUUUGUAAAAUUUACUAAACAAAUAUAUUUGAUUUGA